AUGACAACGCAUAGUAGUACCGAAGACCUCGUCAGCCAUCUCCAGUCUAUUCUGCUGGAGCUCAACGCGAACCCCUAUCCCGAUGUCGCGUGUCCGCCAAACCUGCCUAAACGCGCUUCCGUAGCCCUCAUACUGCGCAUACAACCAAACUACUCGCAUUGGCCUGACAGCUCCGAUAGCCCUUUACCGCCUCGACGCAGACGAUCAUCUGUCGCACAGCCCCAUUCCGAAUUCGACUUUGAGUCGUCACUAAGCGCCUUCUUCUCACAAGAAUGGGUGAAGCACGGAGACCCCGAGCUACUCUUCAUAAAGCGAGCCGCACGAAUUGGUGAUAAGUGGAACGGACAUGUUGCAUUGCCAGGUGGGAAGAGGGAUCCAGAGGAUGAGGACGACCAGGCAGCAGCAGCUAGAGAAGCGCUCGAAGAGGUUGGCAUUGAUCUGACCCCUGCCAAUGCGAUCGCGGUCGGCAAUCUACCGCAGCGCAUCGUUACGACGAGCUGGGGCAAAGUACCACUCAUGGUACUAUGCCCGUACAUCUACCUCCUGACCUCUCCCGCCUACCCACAGCAACGCCUGCAGCCCACCGAAGUAGCCUCGUCACAUUGGGUCCCCAUUCGCGCCCUUCUCUCGCCGGCUCUCCGUACACACGAAUACGCCGAUGUCUCGGCGCGUCUGGCAAAGUCUGAACUUGGUAUCAAGCGCUGGUUCCUACAAGCCAUGCUGAGCAAGAUGAUGUUUGCUGCCAUACAACUCGUACCAGCCAACUCGACGCAUUGCGCAACCAUCCCCGACUUCAUACCCGUCGAAGCAGCGCCACAGAGUAUCACAAAUACGAUCAGAGAAGCAUUGGCAGGCCCCGAGGGAAGAUCUAAGGACCGUAGGCCUCCAUUAUUGCUAUGGGGUUUGACAUUGGGCGUCGUAAGCGACUUUCUAGAACACAUGCCACCACACAACGCGCUGGAGCUCUGGACAUACCCUACGUUUACCAACUGGGACGUACGGUUCGUCAUGUGGGCCAUGUCGUACCGGUUCCGGAAGCAGAAGUCCUUGGAAAUGAGCACAGCUGCGUCGAGCGUGACAACGACGAAUAGCCAGAAUGCGACAGGGCUGCCCACCCAGGACUUCCCAGGUAUUGGCAGUGAAGCGCUUGGAUCUUUGGAGGAAGAGAAGCCUGGUGAGGUUGGCAUAGCUGGCUUGGGUGUAGGAAGAGGGUGGGGACAAAGCGGGAGAGCGAAGAUGAUGGCGAGAGGCGCUGCAGUCAAUUCCAUGUUAGAGGGCUACUAUCCGCUUGUCAGGAGGGCGGUUGCCACGGCACUUGUUGGCCGGAUCAGUGUUGUGGCUUUGGUUGCGUUCUUGGCUUGGAGGAAGUUGGAUGUUAGAUCGCUAAGAGCACGAUUGUAG